AUGGGUGCGUCGACCUCGAAGCUCACCGUAGGAAAGCGCUCAACAGGAAAGCAUUCAACAGAAAAGCGCUCAACAGGACAACUCCACGCACAGGCGCAGAGCCCCCUCUGGGGUCUACUCCCUCCCGAGAUUCGAGAGGACAUAUUCCUGGACGUCUUCACCGCGACGCCGAACCCAGAAAACCCCUAUCCUUUCUUCAGCUAUUACUAUCGACCUGGGUUCACAGCGCCCAAGACAACGCACCUAGAUAUCCUCCUGACCUGCAAACAGGCGUACAUUGAGGGGAAGGACCUAGUGUGGAAAGAACGCACUGGGAACACAGAGUUGGCGUUUUGGUGGGGCGAAGCUGAGAGGAGACCACCUCACGCCUUCGAACCUCGCGAUACUCAUCACCCCCGCCACGGCGUUCACAACGAAAACCACCCCUUCCAAUCUCACUUCACCCAGUCGCUAACGACAGACCAAUGGUCGAAGAUCACGACGAUCCAAAUCUUCCCCCAGUUGUAUACCUGUCGCCUCAGCACAUACCAGGAGUUCUUCCGACUCCAACCAGCGCUCCAGCCGCACACCGUCAAAAUCACGAUCCGAUAUACAGAUUGGUGGUGGUGGGAGAGAGGCCAAACCCUCGACAUCUCCUCUCUUCGCCCGCACGAUGAUUUUAUCUUCGACUACGAGAGGCGUAUCAAUCGUUUCCGUCUACCCAAGAGCUGCCGUACCCUACUCUUGGAAUUGGAGACGAGUGAAGCGAAGAAGGAUGAACUGACGGUCGAAACCCGGAAAAUACUUGCCAACAGGAAUGAGUGGAGGUGGAAACUGGACGGGGAAGGGUGGCUAGAGGUCGACCCGGAAGCGCGCGUCGAGGAUUGGACAUGGGUGGGCCCGACGAGAUUCAAAGGAGAACAACAUCCGGAACGGUAUCCGCACCAUCCUCAGGGUGAUUCUAUGACGUACAUAGUCAAGACUUUGGCGUUCAAACAGCUUAUUGUCCAAGAGAACUAG